GCUUGGAGGGUGAGUUUGGUCUGUCCCGGAAGCGGGCGAAUCGAAAACCGGUGGCGGCCGCGGGCAGUUUGAAUUGGAAUCUGGGCUGAAGCCAGCGGAGGCUGCACUCGAGCCCGACUCUCUGAGGGGUCGUCUUUCCCUCCCCGCCAGCAAGUUUAUUUAUAAAUGUGUGACUGGUAAAGAAAGGAGAGCAACAUGAGCUGGGCUUUGGAAGAAUGGAAGGAGGGCCUGCCUACGAGAGCUCUUCAAAAAAUCGAAGAGCUGGAAGGCCAGCUGGACAAACUGAAGAAAGGAAGGCAGCAAGCGCAGUUCCAGCUGGAGACUCUGGAGGCCGCGCUGCAGAAGCAGAAGCAGAAGGUUGAGAAUGAAAAAACAGAGGGUGCAAACCUAAAAAGGGAGAACCAAAGCUUGAUGGAAAUAUGUGAGAAUCUGGAGAAGACCAAGCAGAAAAUUUCUCAUGAACUUCAAGUCAAGGAGUCGCAAGUGAAUUUCCAAGAAGGGCAGUUGAACUCCAGCAAAAAACAAAUAGAAAAACUGGAACAGGAACUGAAAAGGUGUAAAUCUGAACUUGAAAGAAGCCAACAGGCUGCACAGGCUGCAGAUGUCUCUCUGCAUCCAUCCGCGACACCACAAAAAAUCUUCGCAACUCCACUAACACCAAGUCAAUAUUAUAGUGUUUCCAAGUAUGAAGAUCUAAAAGAAAAAUAUAAUAAAGAAGUUGAAGAACGAAAAAGAUUAGAGGCAGAAGUGAAAGCCUUGCAGGCUAAAAAAGCGUGUCAGGCUAUUCCCCAAAGCACAAUGAAUCACCGGGACAUUGCACGACAUCAGGCUUCCUCAUCCGUGUUCUCGUGGCAACAAGAAAAGACCCCAACUCGGCUUUCAUCUCAUGCUCUAAAAACUCCGAUUAGGAGAGAUUUCUCUGCAUCUCACUUUUCUGGGGAACAAGAGGUGACUCCAAGUAGAUCAACUUUGCAAACAGGGAAAAGAGAUGCUAAUAGCAGUUUCUGUGAUAAUUUGGGCAAUUCUCACCUUUUGGACCAAUUAAAUGCCCAGAAUCAAGAGCUAAGGAACAAGAUUAGUGAUUUGGAACUACAUCUGCAAGGACAAGAAAAAGAAAUGAAAGGCCAAGUGAAUAAAUGUCAAGAACUCCAACUCCAGCUGGAGAAAGCAAAAGCGGAAUUAAUUGAAAAAGACAAAGUUCUGAAUAAAAGUAGGGAUGAACUGGUGAGAUCAACAGCACAGUAUGACCAGGCAUCAACCAAGUGUACUGCAUUGGAACAAAAACUGAAAAGAUUGUCUGAAGAUUUGAGUUGUCAGCGACAAAACGCAGAAAGUGCCAGAUGUUCUCUGGAACAGAAACUCAAGGAGAAAGAAAAGGAGUUGCAAGAGGAGCUCUCCCGUCAGCAGCGCGCCUUCCAAGCCCUGGACCAGGAGUGCGGGCAGAUGAAAGCCAGACUCACGCAGGAGUUACAGCAAGCCAAGAACGCUCGCAAUAGCCUGCAGGCUGACCUGGAUAAAGUCACAUCAGGAAAGCACCAGCUAGAAAAAACUUUGGAAGAGUUUAAGCAGAAGUUCUGCCGAACUGAACAGUUGUUACAGGCGAGUCAGGUCAAGGAAAAUGAGCUGAGGAGAAGCAGUGAGGAAGCGAAGAAGGAAUACAGUGUUCUGAAGAGUCAGUCUGAGCAACGGGCCAGAGAAGUCUGCCACCUGGAGGAAGAGCUGAGGAAGGCCAAACAGAGUUUGAGUCAGAGCCAGAACGUUGCAGAAGAAAUGAGGGCUAAGAAUGCCUCUCAGGAAACCAUGUUAAGAGAUCUUCAAGAAAAAAUCAAUCAGCAAGAGAAUUCCUUGACUUUAGAAAAACUGAAGCUUGCCUUGGCUGAUUUGGAAAAGCAGCGAGAUUGCUCUCAAGACCUUUUGAAGAAAAGGGAGCAUCACAUUGAACAACUGAACGAUAAGUUAAGCAAAAUAGAGAAAGAGUCCGAAGCUUUACUGAUUGCUUUGGAGUUAAAAAAGAAAGAAUAUGAAGAAUUGAAAGAAGAGAAGACUCUGUUUGCUCGUUGGAAAAGUGAAAAUGAACAACUUUUAAGUCAGCUGGAAUCAGAAAAGGGAAGCUUGCAGAGUAAAAUUAAUCACUUGGAAACUUGUCUCAAGACACAACAAAUAAAAAGUCACGAAUACAAUGAGAAAGUGAGAACGCUGGAGAUGGAAAGUGAAAAUCUCAGUGUUGAGAUCAGAAACCUUCACAAUGUGAUAGACAGCAAGACUGUGGAGGUAGAGACACAGAAAGAAGCUUAUGCAGACCUGCAGCAGAAAGCCGAGGUCUCAGACGAGAAACACAAGAAGGAAAUAGAGAACAUGCGCUUGAAGAUUUCUGAGCUUACCGGGCAAGUGGAAGAUCUCGAACACAAGCUUCAGUUAUUGUCAAGUGAAGUCAUAGACAAAGACCAGCGUUACCAAGACUUGCAGGCUGAAUAUGAGAGCUUCCAGGAUCUGCUAAAAUCCAAAGAUUCUUCUCUCGUGACAAAUGAGGCUCAUCACAGAAGUCUUUUGGCUUUUGAACAGCAGUCUGCAAUGAAUAAUUCCUUUGCAAAUAUAAUUGGAGAACAAGGAAGCAUGCCUUCAGAGAGGAGCAAAUGCUAUCUAGAAGCAGACCCAGGUCCAAAAAGUUCAGCCACCUUACAAAAUCGAGUCAUGUCUCUUGAGUUUUCAUUAGAGUCUCAAAAGCAGAUGAACUCAGAUCUACAAAAGCAGUGUGAAGAACUGGUGCAAAUCAGAGGAGAAAUAGAAGAAAAUCUCAUUAAAGCAGAGCAGAUGCAUCAAAGUUUUGUGGUUGAAACAAGUCAACGCAUUAGUAAGUUACAAGAAGACACUUCUGUUCAUCAAAAUGCUUUUGCUGAAACUUUAGCUGCCCUGGAGAACAAGGAAAGAGAGUUCCAGCUUUUGAAUGAAAAAUUAGAAACUGAGCAAGCAGAGAUUCAAGAAUAUAAAAAGAGUAACCAUUUACUUCAAGAAUCUCUAAAGGAGCUACAACUCUUGUCUGAAACCCUGAGCUCGGAGAAAAAGGAACUGAGUUCCACCAUUUCUUUAUACAGAAAGGAAAUUGAAGAUCUGACCCAAGAGAAUGAGACUCUUAAGGAAAUUAAUGCAACCUUAAAUCAAGAGAAGAUUAACUUAAUCCAAAAAAGUGAGAGUUUUUCAAACUGUAUAGAUGAAAGAGACAAAAGCAUUUCAGAGUUAUCCAAUCAGUAUGAGCAAGAAAGACUUAUUUUACAACAAAGAUGUGAAGAAACAAGAUGUGCAUUUGAGGAUCUUAGUGAAAAAUAUAAAGCAGCUCAAGAAAAGAACUCUCAAUUAGAAUGCUUGCUAAAUGAGUGCACUAGUGCUUGUGAAAAUAGACAAAAGGAAUUGGAUCAUCUAAAGGAAACAUUUGCAAGGGAACACCAAGCGUUUGUAACAAAAUUAGCCUUAGCUGAAGAAACAAACCAGAAUCUAGCACUGGAGUUGGGGGCAGUGCAGCAAGAUCUGAGAUCGGAGAUUGCAGAUAUCCAAAACAGGUCCGAGAGUGAGGCGGAUGGUUUAAAGCAAGAAAUCAUGACCUUAAAGGAAGAACAAAGUAAGAUGCAAAAGGAACUUAAUGCCUUAGUACAAGAGAAUGAGCACCUGAUGACAUUAAUUGAGAUGAAACAAGAGCAUGAGAUUCUAGAAUCAGAGCCAAUUAGCGACUCUGUGGUCGGAGAGAGUGAGAUAAAUAAAUGUCAUGUUCAACUUCCGAUGGAUCUUGAAGUUAAAGAUCCUUCUCUAGACUGUUAUAAUGCACAGUUGGUACAAUUAGAAGCUAAGAUGAGAAAUAGGGAAUUAAAACUUAAGGAAAGCGAGAAGGAGAAGCAAUGCCUACAGCACGAACUACAGACGAUUGGAAUAGAAUUAGAAACUGGAAAUUUGCAAUGCGAUGCCCAGUCACAAGAACUUAGUGGCCCUAAAGACUGUGACGCAGGUACAGAAGAAAAGUAUAUUUCAGUGCUUCAUGAGUUGUCAGCAAGUCAAAAUGACAAUGCGCAUCUGCAGUGCUCUCUCCAAACAGCAAUGAGCAAGCUGAGUGAGCUAGAGAAGAUGUGUGAGAUGCUGCAGGUUGAAAAGCUUGAGCUAAUGUCUGAGCUGAAUGAUUCAAGAUCAGAAUGUAUCACAGCAACUAGUAAAAUGGCAGAGGAGAUGGAGAAACUAGUAAAUGAAGUUAAAAUAAACGACGAAAAUGGCCUUCUCCAAGGUGAGUUGGUGAAAGAAAUGGCGGAAGGUGAAUCUGGUGAACGACAAAAUGAGCAGAAACGUGUGUCCUUAAAUCCUUUGGAUGACAGUAAUUGCUAUGAGCACUUGACAUUGUCAAAUGAAGUUCAAAUGCACUUCGCUGAAUUACAGGAGAAAUUCUCAUCUUUACAGAGCGAACACAAAAUUUUACAUGAUCAGCACUGUCAAGUGAGCUCUAAGAUGUCAGAGCUACAGUCUUAUGUGGACGCAUUAAAGGCUGAAAAUUCGAUCUUGUCAACAAGUCUGCGAAACUUCCAAGGUGACUUGGUAAAGGAGGAGAUGCGGGGACCCGAGGAAGGGCAUUUUCUGUCAUUAUCAUUCUCUUGUGUGACUGACAGCCCUAGCCUUACACGUUUGGGAGAAUCUUCUUUUUGCAAAGACCUUUUAGACCAGACAGGAGAAACAUCACUUUUGAGUAAUUUAGAUGGGAAUAUUUCAGCAAACCAGUCUAAUAUAGAGGAAAGAUCUUGCUGCAGUCCGGAGAAGGAGAAUCUGACCAAGAAAGAAAUUCUGUCUGCCCCAGUGAGGAGCAUUGAAGAACUUGAGACUCUCUGUCAGAUGUACCUGCAAUCCCUCAAAAAGCUAGAAGACAAAAUCAAAAGUCAGGAGAUUAUGAAAAAUAAGGAGAUUAAAGAGCUCGAGCAGUUAUUAACUUCCGAAAGGGAAGAGCUCGACUGUCUCAGGAGGCAGUAUAUGUCAGAAAAUGAACAGUGGCAGCAGAAGCUGACAAGCGUGACCAUGGAGAUGGAGUCCAAGUUGGCAGCAGAAAAGAAACAGACUGAACACCUGUCGUUUGAACUAGAAGUAGCACGACUCCAGCUACAAGGUCUGGACUUGAGUUCUCGGUCUUUGCACGGCACCGACAUAGAAGAUGCUCUUCGGGGUGGAAACAAUAGCUGUGAUGUAAAAGAAUCAGAAGAAUAUACUUUGGAAACGCAAGAGAGAACACCAAAGCGUGACAUUCAUCAGAUUUGUGAAGAAGGUGUUCAGCAGGACCUCAAUCUAGAGACAGAAAAAAUAACCAAGACCAGUCCAGUCAGAUUCACACGAGAAUGGUCUAGGGAACAAUCCCCAGAAGCCAGUUAUGAGACUCCAGCUGAAGACAGAACCCAGGGCUGUUUAGAACGCAUUUCUGAAUUGUCACUUUCUGGUCCUAAUGCUCUGGUACCUAUGGAUUUUCUGGAGACUCAGGUCACCAUUCAGAAUCUUCAACUGCAGGUAAACGAGUCAUCAAAUGAGAAUUUGAGGUUACUUCAUGUCAUAGAGGAACGUGACAAAAAAGUUGAAAGUUUACUAAGUGAAAUAAAAGAGUUAGACUCAAAACUCAAUUUACAGGAAGCACAAGUAACCACCAAGAUGGAAGCAUGUAUAGAGUUAGAAAAAAUAGUUGAGGAACUCAAGAAAGAAAAAUCAAACUUAAGUGAAAGAUUGGAAUCCUUUUCUUGUGACAACCAGGAAUUACACCAGAGAACAGAAAGUUUAGAAGGUCUCAAUUCUAAUUUAGAAAUAGGUGCAGAUAAAUUGUCACAUGCAGUUAUUGAAGAUAAUGUGGCUGAGGUGAACGACAACUGGAGAGAGCGAUUUCUUGAUGUGGAAAAUGAGCUAAAGAGGAUAAAGUCUGAGAAAGGUAGCAUCGAGCAUCACGCCCUCUCUGUGGAAGCUGACUUAGUGACAGUUCAGACAGAGAAGCUAUAUUUAGAAAAAGACAAUGAAAAUAAGCAGAAAGUUAUAACCCGCCUCGAAGAAGAACUCUCUGUGGUCACCAGUGAGAGAAACCAGCUUCAUGGAGAAUUAGAUACUUUGUCAAAAGAAAAUAAAGAACUAGAUCUGAUGUCUGAGAAGAUGAAGCAGAAAAUACGUGAGCUCGAAUCUCAUCAAGGUGAAUGUCUCCAUCACAUUGAUAUGGCUGGAGCAGAGGUAAAGGACAAAACACAGCUUGUUCAGACGUUGUCCUCUGACGUAACUGAGCUUUUGGAAGAGAACACUUGUCUCCAGGAGAAGCUGCAGAGUUUGGAAAAGGACUCACAGGCCCUGUCUUUGGUAAAAAGUGAGUUGGAAAUCCAAAUCGGACAAUUGAAUAAAGAGAAAGAAUCACUUGCAAGGGAAUCUGAAAGCCUGCAGACCAGACUGCAUGAAUCGGAACACGAAAAGCUGACCAUCGCCAAGGCCUUGGAGGAUGCGCUGAUGGAGAAGGGUGAGGUUGCAGUGAGGCUGAGCUCAACGCAGGAGGAAGUGCACCAGCUAAGAAAAGGCAUUGAGAAGCUGAGGGUCCGCAUUCAGGCUGAUGACAAGAAGCAGCUGCAUGUUUUAGAGAAACUGAGAGCGAGCGAGCGUAAGAUUGAUUCGCUUCAGGAUAAAGUCGAGAACCUUGAAAGAGAACUGCAGAUGUCAGAGGAAAACCAAGAGCUGGUGAUUCUUGAUGCUGAGAAUUCCAAAGCAGAGGUGGAGACCCUAAAAACACAAAUGGAAUUGAUGACCAAAAACCUGAAAGAUUUAGAAUUAGACCUUGGCACAGUAAGGUUCGAAAAAGAAAAUCUCAUAAAACAACUACAAGAAAAACAAGGUCAAGUGUCUGAAUUAGACACAUUACUCUCUUCAUUGAAAGGUCAGUUAGAAGAAGAGGAGAAAGAAAAAAUAAAGAUGAGAGAAGAAUCCAAAGCUGCAUUGGAGAUGCUCCAAACACAACUGAAAGAGCUAAUUGAGGAAGUAAUAGCCUUGUGUCGUGACCAAGAAAUCCAGAAGGUCGAAGAACAGAGUAUAGACUCCUCGGUGCAGGAAAUACAUCAGCUGAGGAACAGCAUUGAACAGCUGAAAGUCCGCCUGGAAGCUGAUGAAAAGGAGCAGCUCCAGGUCUUGGGAACACUGAGGGAAAGUGAACAGCACGCCGACUUGCUUAAGGAUAGAGUAGAGAACCUUGAAAGAGAACUAGAGAUAUCCGGGAAAAACCAAGAGUGCGUGAUCCUUGAGGCUGAGAAUUCCAAAGCAGAGGUGGGGACUCUAAAAGCAAAAAUAGAGGAGAUGGCCCAAAACCUGAAAGAUUUGGAAUUAGAUCUUGUCCAUGUAAGGUCAGAAAAAGAAAAUGUGAUAAAAGAAUUACGGAAGGAGCAAGGACGAGUAUCUGAAUUAGAAGUAUUAAAUUCUUCCUUUGAAAAUCUAUUGCAAGAAAAAGAGCAAGAAAAUGUACAGAUGAGAGAAGAAUCUAAAACAGCAGUGGAGAUGCUUCAAACGCAAAUAAAGGAGCUAAAUGAGAAAGUGGCGGCCUUGUGUCAUGACCAAGACACCUGGAAGGCCGAAGCACAGAAUCUGCGCAGUCAAGUAGAUGCUCUUGAACACGAGAAGGCUCAGGUACUACGAGGCCUUGACGAGGUCAAGAAUAAUUACCUUAAUGUGCAGGCUUCUGCAAAUGGCCUCCUUCAACAAGUAGAAGAUUGCAAACAGAAGCUAGAGGAGAAGGAGGAAGAAAUCAGCAUACUGAAAAAUCAAAUUCAAGACCAAGAGCUGCUCACCUCUAAACUGUCCCAGGUGGAAGGAGAACAGCAGCUUUGGAAGAAGCAAAAAGUGGAACUGGAUAAUCUGCUGAUGGAAUUGGAGCAGAAGAUCCAAGCGCUGCGAUCCAAAAAUGACACUUUGCGGGACACCUUAGAAGCACUACAGAAAUCUCACAAGGAUCUGGAGAAAGAGCUUGAAAUGACAAAAAUGGAAAACGUGUCCUUUGUUGAAAAAGUAAACGCAAUGACUGGGAAGGAAACCGAGCUGCAGAGGGAAAUGCACAAGAUGGCACAGAAAACAACAGAGCUGAAAGAAGAACUUAUUGGGGAGAAAAAUAGGCUAACUGAAGAAUUAAAUAUAAUGUCGGAGGAAAUAAAGAGCAGCAAGGGUCAACUGAAGGAACUCAUGCUAGAAAAUAGUGAAUUGAAGAAGAAUUUGGAUUGCGUACAGAAGAACCAGAUGGAAAAGGAAGAGAAAGCGCGAGAAGAAAUAGCUGAGUAUCAGCUACAGCUGCAGGAAGCUGAAAGGAAACACCAGGCUCUGCUUCUGGAUACAAACAAACAGCAUGAAAUGGAAAUCCAGACAUACCGAGACAAACUGUCUUCUCAGGAAGAAUGUCUCAGCUCGCGGAAGGUGGAGGUAGAUGUCUUAAAGUCCAGUAAAGAAGAACUCAGUAAUUCUUUGAAAGCUACCACUCAGAUUUUAGAAGAACUGAAGAAGACCGAGGCACACAGUGUAAAAUACACAAAUCAGUUGAAAAAGGAAAAUGAGCGUGCCCAGGGGAAAAUAAAAUUGUUGAUCAAAUCCUGUAAACAGCUGGAAGAGGAAAAGGAGAUGUUGCAGAAAGAGCUAUCUCACCUUGAAGCUUCACAAGAGAAACAGAAGACAGGUACCGUUGUGGAUUCUAAUGUAGAAGAAUUAAUGGCUGAGAUAAAAGAACUGAAAGAAACUCUUGAAGAGAAAAACAAGGAGGCUGAUGAAUAUCUGGACAAGUACUGUUCCCUGCUCAUAAGCCAUGAGAAGUUAGAGAAAGCCAAAGAGAUGUUGGAGACACAAGUUGCUCGUCUGAGUUCACGGUCUAAACUUAAUCUCCAGAAUUCUCCUUUGCUAAAUUCAGUUGUUCCAGAAGCCUCUCCAGCCCCUUCUGCUACUGAAAAGAAGUUGUCAUCCAGCCAAAAUAAAGCUUCGGGCAAAAGGCAAAGGUCCACUGGGAUUCGGGAAGAUGGGGGAGGCACAGCGCCUUCUACCCCAGAGACAUUUUCUAAAAAGAGUAGGAAAGCAGUCAAAAGUGGUAUUCACCCCACAGAGGAUGCCAGAGACACUGAGUUUGAGCCAGAAGGCCUUCCAGAAGUUGUAAAGAAAGGGUUUGCUGAUAUCCCAACAGGAAAGACAAGCCCGUACAUCCUGCGGAGAACAACCAUGCCGACUAGGACCAGCCCCCGCCUGGCUGCGCAGAAGUUAGCACCGUCCCCACUAAGUCUCAACAAAGAAAAUCAUGCUGAGGCCUCCCAACCAAUAACUGGCGGCAGCAGAUCACAGAAGGUGAAGGUUGCUCAACAAAGCCCAGUGGAUUCAAGUGCCCUAUUCCGAGAACCCACCACGAGCUCUCUCUCUGUCCGUAACCUUCCUGAGAGAAGUCCAGCUGACAGCCCCAGGGAGGGCCUGAGGGCCAAGCGAGGCCGGCUCGCCCCCAGCCCAGAAGCCGUCCCCGAGUCCAAGAGCAGCGAGAACUGUAGGGUCCAGUAGAAGUGACCUUGUGUGUCAGGACCCUGGCAGGUGGCAGGAUUUGUCCAGAAGGUAGUGUGCCUGCAAAGGCUUUUCAUUAGUCAGGAGCACAUUAUCAGUGGGAAGAAAACAUUUCCUUAUAAAUCUAAAUAUAUGGUACUCUUUAGCUCUCCCAUGUAGAAGUAUUGAAAACGUUCGAAAGCACUGAUUACCAACUCAUCAUUGAUAGUUUUCUUCCAUGGCGUAAAUGGCGCUGUAUAAAGCUUUUUGGUAAUGUUGCACUUGUAGGGCAAGCACAAUCUCGCAACUUGUGUGUGUAUGUGGAUUUCACCCUAAGAAAUCCAAAAUACAUCCUCUACUUCCAAUGAAAAGCUCCCAGGAAAAUGUGAACUUUUGCUUUAUGACAUUUCCUAUGUGUAGAGCUAGGUAGGUAUGAAAUAAUUUUAGAUCAAGAAUUUCUUUUAGUUGAAUAAAAUGGAGGAAAAUCAUGCACACGUAUACCCAUGUGGAUGUGCUCAUCCUUAUCCUCCAGUGUGUUUUCUAAAUGUUUGCCUAUAUAACCUGUACAUACUUGUGUGUGGGGCUGACGGGAGUUGUGUGUGUGUUUCCAUUGGGCCUGCUUUGCAGGCUCCUUGAAGAUGCAGUGUAUCAAGUUUUCUGUCAUUGUAUUGUUUCUUCCUAAGACCAAUUUGUUGCAGUUCUUUUAGUGUGCAUUCUCAUAAAUAGUGAUCUUGUAUUAAAAUAGGGCAUUUUUUUCCUAAUAAAAAAAAUCACUUGUUUUCUGUAAAAAUGAUUUCUAAAUAUAAAUGCAUUCUGAGCAUUGGCACUA